AUGGCGGAGCAGCCGCAGCCGCACGAGGAAGGCGGCGCGAGCCCCAAGCACGAGUCACUGAUGGAGAAGCUCGCCGACAAGCUCCACGUCGGCGGCGGCAAGGGCGACUCCUCCUCGUCCUCGGACUCCGACAACGACCAGCGGCCCCGCCCCUCGGCGCCGCCCGCGCCGCCCGCCGACGAGGUCAAGCAGCCCUCCUUCUCCGACUCCGCCGCCACGGCGGCCGCCGAGGCCAAGGUCAAGGUGUUCCGCCUCUUCGGCCGCGAGCAGCCCAUCCACAAGGCCCUCGGUGGAGGCAAACCUGCUGAUGUGUUCCUGUGGAGGAACAGGAACAUCUCUGCUGGAGUACUUGGUGGGGCCACAGCCAUCUGGAUCCUAUUUGAAUUGCUUGGCUACCAUCUUCUUACUUUCGUUUGCCAUGGUCUCAUAUUCUCUCUGGGUGUUCUCUUUCUGUGGUCUAACGCUUCAUCGUUUAUCCACAAGGCUCCCCCAAAGAUCCCAGAGGUGAUCAUUCCUGAAGAUUUAGUUGUCAACAUUGCGCUAUCCACUCGUUAUGAGAUCAACAGGGCCUUUGCCAAUCUCCGCCAGAUUGCUCUUGGCCGGGACAUAAAGAAGUUCCUAGUGGUUAUUGUUGGGUUUUGGUUGCUUUCUGUUCUUGGAAGCUGCUGCAACUUCUUGUCCUUGGUUUACAUUGUAUUUGUGGUGCUGCACACAGUACCUGUCCUGUAUGAGAAGUACGAGGAUCAGAUUGACUCGUAUGGCGAGAAAGGGUGGAUUGAAAUUAAGAAGCAGUAUGCCGUGUUUGAUGAGAAGGUUCUGAGCAAAGUACCAAGGGGUCCCGCGAAAGACAAGAAGCACUAG